AUGCCUCACGCUGCCCCUUCUCGCGAGGCGCCGACGGCCAAUUCCGACCUCUCCGCCGGUGCUGAUCUAAGACUAGGUGAAUAUGCAGACGAAGUCACUCUGAACCUGUCCGAAGCCCGCAUUAUUCUCCUGAAGACCUUGUCCACGCGCGCUUCGCGAGGAGGCCAGUUCGAAGAGACCGAAACGACCUCAAAGACGCGCGACUACCUGGAGAUCUUCGCAGUCUUCAAGGAUUUGGCUGAGGCCCAGCAGGUCGAGGGAAUUAUCGACUCGUACGGAAAGAGGUUGGAGCGCUUCGAGAAGAGUCAACUAGGGAGUUUGGUGCCUACCAGCUCCGAAGAGGCCAAGGCGCUGAUUCCAAGUUUGGAGAAGAAGGUGGAAAACGGUACACUGUCUGAUGACGAGCUGGAUGGUAUCUGCAGAGAGUUGCAAAGACUGAAGCGCCAGGCACAGUUGUGA